GUAUAAAAGAGUUGGCCAGGGGGCAGCACAGGGGGGCACUACAGUACAGUGAAAGAGAGUGUCUGAGUAAAAGAGUGAGGCAUAAAAGGAAAAAGAACUGAUGAUAUAAGGUAUAAACGUCUUUUCAGGAUGUGGAAGAGUGUGUGUUUGAUGUUUAUGUGCGUUGUACUGGCGAACGCUCAGUUUCCGCGUCAGUGCAUGACACCAGAGGGUCUCCAGAGUGGCACCUGCUGCCCAUCACCUACUGGACUGCCCAAUGAUGAGUGCGGAUCCAGUACUGGGAGGGGUCAGUGUGUGUCAGUUGCAGCCGACCGCCGCCCACACGGGCCUCAGUAUCCUCACGAUGGGCGUGACGACCGUGAACGAUGGCCUCUGCGGUUCUUUAACAGAACCUGUCAAUGCAACGGAAACUUUACUGGAUUUAACUGCGGCCGAUGCCGUCACGGCCUGACAGGACCGAACUGUGAUCAAAGAAUCACAGUGGUUCGGCGUAACCUAAUGCAGAUGUCUGCAGACGAAACAAGAGCUUUUGUGAACGCCCUGGACCAGGCAAAAAGAACCGUCCAUCCUGACAUUGUCAUCUGCCCUCGCCGGCAUCAGGAGAUUUUCAGCGCAAAUGGAACUGUUCAGUUUGAGAACAUCUCCAUCUACAAUUACUUCGUCUGGACCCACUACUAUUCGGUCAGCAAGACGUACAUGGGUCCAGGUCAGCAGAGCUUCGGAGGUGUGGAUUUCUCUCACGAAGGGCCGGGAUUCGUCACCUGGCAUAGAUACCACCUGCUGCAACUGGAGAGAGACAUGCAGGACAUGCUGGGCGACCCGUCGUUUGCCCUUCCAUACUGGAACUUUGCUAUCGGAGGCAACGAGUGUGAUAUCUGUACCGAUGACCUGCUGGGAGCCAGAAGCAGCUUUGACACAAACGGCAUCAGUUCCAACUCUGUGUUCUCUCAGUGGAGAGUCAUCUGCGAGAGUGUGGAGGAGUAUGAAACAUUUGGGACCAUCUGCAACAGUACAGAGACAAGUCCGAUCAGAAGGAAUCCUGCUGGUAAUGUGGCUCGACCUAUGGUUCAGAGAUUACCAGAACCGCAGGAUGUCAUCGACUGCCUAGAACUGAACACUUUUGACACGCCACCAUAUUACUCCACUUCCUCUCAGAGUUUUAGGAAUACUGUCGAGGGUUACAGUGCUCCCCAGGGUAACUAUGACCCAGUGGUGAGGAGUCUGCACAACCUGGCUCAUUUGUUUCUCAACGGCACAGGUGGACAGACUCACCUAUCACCAAACGACCCCAUCUUUGUUCUGCUUCACACUUUUACUGAUGCCAUCUUUGAUGAAUGGCUUCAGAGGCACACCGCUGCGGGAACAGUGGCCUAUCCUGAGGAAAAUGCUCCUAUUGGUCACAACAGAGAAUUCAACAUGGUUCCUUUUUGGCCGCCGGUCAGAAAUGCCGAAAUGUUUGUCGUUGCCCCAGAUAACCUGGGCUACACCUAUGAGGUUCAGUGGCCAACUCGGCCCUACACCAUCUCAGAAAUCAUCACCAUAGCGAUCGUUGCCGUGGUGCUCAUUGUGGCGGUGGUGGGCGGAGUCAUUGGGUGUGCUGCCCGGGCACGCUCAUACCGCUCGCUUGAGAGUCUGGAGCCGCUGCUGGGGGAACAGUACCGACGGUACUCUGAAGAUGAGAGACGCACCGAAAAAUCUCAGUCUGUGGUCUGAGGAAUU